CACAUAAUUUUUAUUUCCUGCAAUCUAUAAUAUAUAAUCACUACUUUCUUUAAAGUUUAGAUGGCAAAAACAGCCUUUUCCCAGGCCAAAAAAGCCAUGGCUAUGGCUUUUUUUGUUGCCACUAUUUUGCUUUUGUCUUCUCAAGUGGCAAAUGCUAUGCUCAAUGAUGGAUUACAACUUAAUCUUGGACGAAGAACUCUGUUAGCUGAAACUACAACCGGUAGAAGUGGAUAUAAUGAAUACCCUGAUGGACGAGGAGCAUACAAUGAAAAUCCGACUGGUCGAAGUGGAUAUAAUGAAAAACCUGAUGGACGCGGAGGAUACAAUAAAAAACCUAACAAUGAAAAUCCGACUGGUCGAAGUGGAUAUAAUGAAAAACCUGAUGGACGUGGAGGAUACAAUAAAAAACCUAAUGGAAGAGGAUGAUAUAAUUAAGUAAACUUACGAUCAUAUAUAUAAAUAUGUAUGUGUGAAUAAACAGAUUGGUACUGAAUAAAAGAUUAUUACCCCAAGUUUUAGAAUGUCGUUUAUCUGUAUCCAUUUUGGUGCUAGAUAGAGUCAUUCUUUAUUUCUAAUAAAUUAUUAUUUCUCUUUUAAA